GGUCAGCAGCUCCCAAAUGGCUUGAGAGGCAGGAAGGAGGGUACCGAAGAUUUUCACUGUGGUUGGGGGUGGUGGUGAGGGUUCACCCAGGGAGGGGCUCUGGGACUCUCCUUCCCUCAGACAAUGAAGAGAGUCCCAUCUGUUCGCGUGGGCUUGUCCAGGUGUGAGCUAUCAGGAACAAAAACAGGGAGGGGCUUAAAGGCUGCAUGAACACAUCAAAAGCUGAGCCUAGGCCCUUAAUUUUAUACACAUCCGGUUCUAGGCUGAUCCAUUCUCCAUGAGGAAGAGCUGACAAUGUAGAGGCAACUGGAGAGAUGAGAUGAGGCCCCUGAGAUAAAAUGUGCAGGAACAGUGAGUUUCAGCCCUACGGCAUGCACAGAACUGAGAGUCCUCUCUGCAGAUCUCCAGCCUAGACCCAGGCAGCUCUUGUCUCCCUCCACCCCAGUCCAUCCCCCAUAGGUCUGCCUGACACUUCCCACAUUCCUCAGCUAGGUCUGUCUUCUACUGCUCUCCCAGCUCCUGCUCCCACAUUCCCUCUGGACACUCCUAUAGACUGGAAAUGCCAUCCCUCAUCCCUUUCCUGCUCCUGGUCCCCAGAUCGGACAUGCUGGUCCUUCCUGUUUGGGAUGGUUUACUAGAUAAGGCCUGGCAUGGAGCCCAUCUGUCAGCAUCACAUGACUCAAAGCUAUUUCGGGCAGGACCCUUGCCUAUACCAAGUGUCCACCCUGGCCCUCCUGGCUCUGGCUAUCAAUACUCCUCCAGGAAAAUAGCCAAGAACCAAGGGAGCUAUCUAGAGCCAAUGCAGUGGCUCAACUUCCAUCUAGCUUCCUGUUCCUUGACCCCAGAUGUCUUUGGUAGCUCUAGCCCACAAUUCAAACCAUGAGAGAGACUGAAUGGCCCCGGAAGUCAUAGCUCAGACUAAUACUGUUUCAAGGGCAGCCAGGGACAAGUGUCUGCUCCCAAACGCCACAGAGAAAACUAUUAUCUCAGCUGCUCUUGUUUAGGUAUGUCUGUCUGUCUGAACAACAUCUGCCUGGAGUUCAUCUCUUAAGGACAUAGCUGUGGUCAUUGUCUCCAGUCCCUGCUCUGCCUUACUCUCUUCCCACGAGCUGUAUGACUUUGGACAUCCAAGUAUAACUCCUGAAGUGCUGCUCCCUCGUGAGGCAAACGAGGCCGAUGGUCCUGACUUUCAGAGGGAGCCUAGAAAGAUGAAGUGAACUGCACAGUAAAUGAUUUAUAAGCCGUGAGCCAGGCUCCUGAGGUCACUCCCCAGGCCCCAAUCCUGAUGUCAUGCUCCUAACAGUACCUGGUUAAGGAUGCUCGCCACUCAAAAGCUAAUACUCUGAGGCUAGCCUGAGCUACAUGGCAGAAGUCAUACCAGGCUGGCAGAGGUUGAUGACCUGAGUUUGACCUCAGAACUCCUGUAAAAGUGGAAGGAAGAACUACCUAUCCCCAGGAGGUUGUCCUGAUUUCCACAUACAGACUUGAAGCACGUUCUAUAUGCUGAGUGAGUGAUCUAUGGCUUACAUCUCUGGGAUUUUUGGUGUAUUUGCCCCCCCUUCCUGGCCCAGAACAUUGCAAUUCACUUUAUCUCCUGGGACUGAUUCCUGUAUGUUCCUAAAACAGCUUCUUAUCAGGGGCUAAACAGCCCAGUCGUGAAUAUGCGUAGUUCCUACUGCAAAGACAAGGGAACAGGUUUACAAAGGACAUCAGAUCUUCUGGUAUCUGCAAAGCUGUAGAUUGUUUUGCAGUUCCCAUUUUCACUAUUUAGGUGGGGCAUCUAGUUAGAACCCACUUUGCCAGAAGGGAAGUAGUAAGUAAUGGCCGAGGAUACUCCCGUAGGGGAGGCUCUGUCACCUCAAGUCUCAACAAAAUUUGAUUUGUCCUAAGUGUUAGUCAUUAGCAUAGUGGUUAAGAAGGGUUCUGGGAUUAGAUACUGUGCUAUUAGAAUCCCUAACUUCCCUGAGCCUUGGUGUUCUCAUCUUAGAGGAGGGUUAACACCUCGAUGACUGGUGUGAGGUAAGGAUUUGAUAACGGUAGAGUAUGUCUUCCGGCCAUUCACCUCUGCUUCCCCAUCCUUUUGUUUUUGUUUUUUUUUUUUGUUUUUUUUUUUUGUUUUUCUUUUUUUUUUCCGGAGCUGGGGACCGAACCCAGGGCCUUGCGCUUCCUAGGCAAGCGCUCUACCACUGAGCUAAAUCCCCAACCCCUUCCCCAUCCUUUUAACUCCGGACUCAUCUGGGCUGCUCCUGCACCAGUGUGGCUGCAUGGGGCUGCAAAGAUUUUAAACUUACUUUAUGCCGGAAGAGCUGCUCCCCCUGGUCCCUUCAAGGCUGCAUCUGAUGUAGGGACAGCCCUGCUCCCAUAUGUAAACAGAAUAACAGGUACAGCCAUGGAUUUACAUAGUGGUGGCAAGGACAAACUUUCCAUAAUUGUCAUUGGCAAAAGGACAGCAAGGUCUCUAAGAGCUGCACCUUCGAAUGCAGCUUCAAUCCUCCGCGUGGAAGCAAUCUUACCUUCUAAGGUCCUCUGUAUAGAUAGGGAAUCAGACCCAGAUCGCACUGGCUUCUCAAACACCAGAGCAGAAUCCCAUUGGAUGGGUCCAUUUUUGCCCUAUUUUCAGCUUUCUCUUUUCCUUACUGUAUGUAUAUGACUGGUGAUUGUGUGUGUGUGUGUGUGUGUGUGUGUGUGUGUGUGUGUGUGUGUGAAUAGAGACUUGUAUAUAUGUAUAUUACCUUGGAAAAGUUGUAUUUGUAAAGCAGUUAGCAUAGUGUCUGCUGCAUAUGCUGUUCUUGCUUAAUUAUAAAAACACAGAAAAAGGUGCUCAGGGAAAAUGAGUCUUUGUUCUGCAUUAGAGGAAAUCUGACUAAGAAAAAAAAAAUUCCGUAAUGAUCUCGUUGAGUUCCCUUUCAGUUUCUUUCCCUGAUAGUGAGAUCUUUGAGCCUACCCCGCCUGUCUCCACCCCUUCACCUGGUAUCACAACCGUGAGAGUUGAGAUCCCAUUCACUGCUUUUAGAGACAAAGAUUGCCCUUUGCCAAUUACAAUUGCUGAUGGGCUGUCAUCAGCACCGCUAUUUAUCUGUCUGGCUCUGCGGAGGAGCCGCUUCCAGCUGGGAUCAGGAUGAGAGGAGGCGGGUGGACAGGAGAAAUACUCCUUCAUACAAUGACAUAACAUUGAGGUCACUUAGAACGAAGAAGUUUAGUCCGGAGACCCACAGUCACCUCUUUAGCGACUCGCAGUGCUGGGGAGGUCCGCAUUCCAGGCAGCCGAACGCAGACGAUCAUUCCCCCCCGAAGAGCCAAUGCCUGGUAUGCCCAGCCGGGACAGCGGUGCUGGCGGUGCCUAGAACGGCCUUUCUAGUUGCAGCCUCCGCGGAGCGCCAGGCAAAUCCCACCUCUGGCCCCGCCCGUCCAAUCCGUCUUGUGCUGAAGGCGACGUUCCUAGGAAGAAGCUUGCUGCUAGACCGGGGAAAUCCAGGCUUUAAGGGUUCCCGACAGGUGUCUGAGAGAGAGGGCGGAGUCGCGAUAGGAAUGAUGGAGAGGGAGGGGCAGCGCUGCCCCUUUAAGAGGCGGCGGCCGAGCGGGGACCUUUUCUCUUUCCCCGGAAGGAAAGCGGAGCCCGGGCUGGGCGCGCAAGAUCCUCCACCUAGCCGAGAUCUAAAGAGCUAACACCUCCAAGGGGGCGCGGCCCGGACCAUCUAGGGUGCAGGGUGCCCGGAGCCCGGAUCGGUGACCGGUCCAUCGGACCAACCGGAGAGUAGAUACACGGAUCUGGAAAAAAGACUGGAGAAGCACCAACCCGGAGCAGACGUGAGACUGACCUGGACUAGGGCAAAAAAAUUGCCGGAGUCCCGGCGCAGCGGCUCUGCGGGCUCGGGUGUCCUCUGGCGGCGCCUGGAGCAGGUGAACCGUUCAUCACUUCCCGGUGCUGAGCCCUCUAGCGAUUUCGCCGGGCUCGGUUCAGCCCGGCCCGCAGCCAUGGGCCCUGGCCCGCGCCGCGUGCCCCGCGACCCUGGCUGGAUGCUCCGCGCCCUGGCUUUGAUGGUGGCGGCUAGUGGCCGGGUCGCCUUCGCUUUCAACCUGGACACCAAAUUCCUGGUGGUGAAGGAGGCGGUGAACCCUGGUAGCCUCUUUGGCUACUCCGUCGCCCUCCAUCGGCAGACUGAGCGACAGCAGCGCUACCUCCUUCUGGCCGGUGCACCCCGAGACCUCGCAGUGGAUGAUGACUACACCAACCGGACUGGUGCUGUGUACCUGUGUCCCCUCACUGCCCUCAAGAACGAUUGUGAACGCAUGGACAUUUCAGAGAAGAGUGACCCUGACCAUCACAUUAUUGAGGACAUGUGGCUUGGAGUGACUGUGGCCAGCCAGGGCCCUGCAGGUAGAGUCCUGGUCUGUGCCCAUCGGUACACCAAGGUGCUGUGGUCUGGGCUGGAAGACCAGCGGCGCAUGGUGGGCAAGUGCUACGUGCGUGGCAACGACCUACAGCUCGACCCUGGCGAUGAUUGGCAGACAUACCACAACGAGAUGUGUAACAGCAACACUGACUACUUGCAGACUGGCAUGUGCCAGCUGGGCACCAGUGGCGGCUUCACCCAGAACACUGUAUACUUCGGCGCCCCUGGUGCCUACAACUGGAAAGGAAACAGCUACAUGAUUCAGCGGAAAGACUGGGAUUUAUCUGAAUACAGCUACAGGGGCUCAGAGGACCAGGGAAACCUCUAUAUUGGGUACACGAUGCAGGUAGGCAGUGCCAUCCUACAUCCCUCGGAGAUCACUCUUGUGACGGGUGCCCCACGGCACCAACAUAUGGGCGCUGUCUUCUUGCUGAAACAAGAGUCGGGUGGAGACCUGCAGAGGAGGCAGGUGCUGAAGGGCACGCAGGUGGGCGCUUAUUUUGGCAGUGCCAUUGCCCUGGCAGACCUGAACAAUGAUGGGUGGCAGGACCUCCUGGUGGGUGCUCCCUACUACUUCGAACGGAAAGAGGAGGUAGGGGGUGCCGUCUAUGUCUUCAUGAACCAGGCGGGAACGUCCUUCCCUGAUCAGCCUUCCCUCCUGCUCCAUGGCCCCAGUCGCUCUGCCUUUGGCAUCUCUGUAGCCAGCAUUGGUGACAUCAACCAGGAUGGAUUCCAGGACAUUGCUGUGGGAGCUCCAUUUGAGGGCUUGGGCAAAGUAUACAUCUACCACAGCAGCUCCGGGGGGCUCCUCAAGCAGCCUCAGCAGAUAAUCCACGGAGAGACACUAGGACUGCCUGGCUUGGCCACCUUCGGCUACUCUCUGAGUGGGAAGAUGGAUGUGGAUGAAAACUUAUACCCAGACCUGCUAGUAGGGAGCCUGUCGGACCACAUUGUGCUGCUGCGGGCCCGACCUGUCAUCAAUAUCCUCCACAGGACCUUGGUGGCCAGGCCAGCUGUGUUGGACCCCUCGCUUUGUACGGUUACUUCCUGUGUUCAGGUGGAGCUGUGCUUUGCCUACAACCAGAGUGCCGGGAACCCCAACUACAGGCGGAACAUCACCCUGGCUUACACAGUGGAGGCUGACAGGGACCGACGCCCACCCAGGCUCCGAUUCGCCCGUAGCCAGUCGUCGGUCUUCCAUGGCUUCUUCUCCAUGCCAGAGACACAUUGCCAGACAUUGGAGUUACUGCUGAUGGACAAUGUUCGUGAUAAACUCCGUCCUAUCGUCAUCACCAUGAACUACUCCUUACCUUUGCGCAUGCCCGAUCGCCUCAAGCUGGGCUUACGGUCCCUGGAUGCCUACCCGGUCCUCAACCAGGCACAGGCUAUGGAGAAUCACACCGAGGUCCACUUCCAGAAAGAGUGCGGGCCAGACAACAAGUGCGACAGCAACCUGCAGAUGCGAGCCGCCUUCGUGUCUGAGCAGCUGCAGCCUCUAAGCAGGCUCCAGUACAGCAGAGACACUAAGAAACUGUUCUUGAGCAUCAAUGUGACCAAUUCGCCGAGCCGCCAACGGGCUGGGGAAGAUGCCCAUGAGGCACUGCUCACUCUAGAGGUGUCAUCCGCUCUGCUUCUGUCCUCCGUGCGCCCGGCUGGGACCUGCCAAGCUAACGAGACCAACACCGUGUGUGAGCUAGGAAACCCCUUCAAACGGAACCAGAGGAUGGAGCUGCUCAUCGCCUUUGAGGUCACCGGGGUAACUUUGCACACGAGGGACCUUAGGGCACAUCUACAGCUGUCCACGUCAAGUCACCAGGACAACUUGCAGCCCAUGUUCCUGACUUUGCAGGUGGACUACACCCUCCAGGCCUCGCUCAGUUUGAUGAAUCAUCGACUGCAGAGCUUCUUUAGUGGGACAGUGAUGGGCGAGGCUGCCAUGAAGACUGUGAAGGAUGUGGGAAGCCCCCUGAAAUAUGAAUUCCAGGUGAGCCCAGUGGGAGACGGGCUGGCAGCCUUGGGCACACUGGUUCUAGGUCUGGAGUGGCCGUAUGAAGUUACCAAUGGCAAGUGGCUGCUGUACCCUACGGAGAUCACCAUCCACAGCAAUGGGUCCUGGCCCUGCCAGCCACAUGGAAACCUUGUCAACCCUCUCAACCUUACUCUCUCUGACCCUGGAGUCAAGCCACUGUCCCCACAGCGCCGGCGGAGACAACUAGAUCCAGGGGGAGACCAGGGUCCUCCACCUGUCACGCUAGCUGCUGCCAAAAAAGCCAAGUCUGAGACCGUGUUGACCUGUUCCAAUGGCCGCGCCCGCUGUGUGUGGCUGGAGUGCCCCCUUCCAGAUGCCUCCAACAUUACCAAUGUGACCGUGAAGGCACGGGUGUGGAACAGCACCUUCAUUGAGGACUACAAAGACUUUGACAGAGUCCGAGUAGAUGGCUGGGCUACCCUGUUCCUGAGAACCAGUAUCCCUACCAUCAACAUGGAGAAUAAGACCACAUGGUUCUCCGUGGACAUCGACUCUGAGCUGGUGGAGGAGCUGCCCGCUGAGAUCGAGCUGUGGUUGGUGCUUGUGGCCGUGGGUGCUGGGUUGCUGCUACUGGGCCUCAUCAUCAUCCUGCUGUGGAAGUGUGACUUCUUUAAGCCAACCCGCUACUACCGGAUUAUGCCCAAGUACCACGCAGUGCGUAUCCGGGAGGAAGACCGCUACCCACCUCCAGGGAGCACACUACCCACCAAGAAGCACUGGGUCACUAGCUGGCAGAUUCGGGACCGAUACUACUGAUUGCCCUCCCCAACAAACCACCCAGCACCCCCUUCCUUCCUAUUUAUCAUAAAUUAUGACUCCGACAGUCCAAAAGGGGCCACGAGUGUGGCUGGCACUGGCAGGCUCAGGCAUCUAUCCCCCUCUUCAGUGCAGGCAUGUUUUCUGGGGUCGUGGAAUCUCCUUCAAGACCUUGAAAUGCUGAGCACAGCAUGGCCCUGCAUACUGGCCACACACAGAACUACUAGUGGCCUGUUCUGAUACACCCUGGUGGGUGCCAUGUCCAAGUCUCUGUGCCAAAACCAAGCCAAAGCGCCUCCACCGGGAGACAGGAGGAAAAGGUCCCUGAUGUGGUAACACCUCUCCUCCACACUGGAUCCCCCUUGAGCCACUGUCACUGGGCAGAGUUUACUGUCCAGAAUAAAACUACUGACAAGGAGGAGACAGUCAGGCCCAGCCGCAAUUCCUGGCAGGCACUGGAGCACAGGGCCACACUAAAGGCUACCCAGGGGAUGUUCUUAUGACCUGUGUGCUCAGACCCAAGAGCAGUGAACUAGAAAACAGGUCCCCGGAAUGGGUUUUAUGAGUGGCUCUCUAAAAUUGUGGCUACAGAGAGAGUUGGCAAGAAAUGCAGCCCCAAGGGACAAAGAGAAACCGUGGGCAGCCUGGACACACUAUGCUGGGACUGACCUGGAGCACGGUGACAUCCUUCAGAGAGUGGAGUCCUGGCACAGCCGACACUAGUAGGACGAAGAGGAGAGACUUCUGACCCAUCCUGACCACCUCAGCCUGGGCAAGGCCUGGAGUUCCCCACAAGGCCAUGUGGGGUGUGAUACUUGAAUGUAGGGCAGAGGGGGGCCCAGCCCCUGCCCCAGUUGGCCAGACUUGAUUCUGCUCCCUUGACCACAGAGAUAUAUUCUGAGCUGCCUGUGGCUUUCUGAGAAACCUGGCCCUCCCCCUCCCCGUCCCCUAGGAGCUGCAUCCCCAUUCCAGCAGUGGAGGCCAAUCUCUCAGGACCUCUCCCCAUCCCUGCCCACAGGCAGGCCCACUCCCCAGCUCUGUCCCCUCCACCCCAUGGUACUAUAACAGCUUCCUCCAUCCUGUGCCUUCUUUGUAUAUGGGCGUCUCACUAAAAUAAAUAAACAGUCCCCAGUUUGUA